AUGCCCUGUCCCAAUACUGACACAUCAUUAGUGCUCGAUGAGAUUACUCUCGUUUGCUUUUGGUCACUGCCAGGCAGUAAAGGCUUACAAAUGGUCACGGCUGUUGUAAUGCUUGGGGCUUUAACUUUUGACAUUCCUGCGAUGCCCUGUCCCAAUACUGACACACCAUUAGUGUUCGAUGAGAUUACUCUCGUUUGCUUUUGGUCACUGCCAGGCAGUAAAAGCUUACAAAUGGUUUCGGCUGUUGUAAUGCUUGGGGCUUAG